UCCUCUCCUCCUCCUCCUCUUGUUGGUGCCGCGGAUGCUGGAGGUGAAGCUUCUGUCUCGGCUCUUUGUCCCGCUGCAGUUCGCGUGGAUCCGCGUGGAUCCUGGAGGUUCUGGAGGUUCGGUUCGGAGUGUUCGCGCUGCCGGAGCUCGGACUCAGCUCGGAGGACCGGAGCCGUGAGCGCGCAUCGACGCGGAGACGAACAACAACUUGGAGUGAGCAUAAAAAUUUCUUCGAUCUCAGCUAAACAUGGACUACCCUGAAGACUUCGCGCUGCCGCCGUACAAUUUAUCAUUCUUUCUGAACAACUUCAGUUACCCUCAAAAUGACACCGACUACCUGCCAAUGGGGGUGAAGGUCACCAUCGUGGUCGUCUACAUGAUCGUGUGCAUCAUUGGUCUGGUGGGAAACUUCCUUGUCAUGUAUGUCAUCAUAAGGUACACCAAGAUGAAAACAGCCACCAACAUCUACAUCUUUAACCUGGCACUGGCCGACUCGCUCUUUCUGGCUACGCUACCUUUCCAGGGCACUGAUUUGUAUCUGGGCUUCUGGCCAUUCGGGAACACUCUGUGCAAAGUGAUGGUGUCCAUCGACUACUACAACAUGUUCACCAGCACCUUCACGCUGACGGUGAUGAGCAUGGACAGGUACGUGGCUGUGUGCCACCCUGUCAAAGCGCUGGACAUGAGGACUCCUCACAAGGCCAAGGUGGUGAACAUCUGUGUGUGGGUGCUGGCGUCCGCCUUCGGAGUUCCAGCGACGUUCCUGGGAAAUGUGGAAGAGCACGAGAACAGUUUGGAGUGCAUAGUGGCUCUGCCCGAGCCAAAGAGCCACUGGGAUCCCGUCUUUGGUACCUGUGUCUUCGUCUUCUCCUUCCUCAUUCCUGUGGCCAUCAUCAGCAUCUGCUACAGCCUGAUGGUCAAACGCCUGCGCAGCGUCCGCAUCCUGUCUGGCUCCAAGGAAAAGGACCGAAACCUGCGGCGCAUCACCAGGAUGGUUCUGGUCGUGGUGGCGGCAUUUGUGGUGUGUUGGACCCCGAUCCAAAUCAUGGUCCUGGCUCAGUUUCUGGGCUUCAACCUGAGUAGCCUAUUCACAGUGGUCCUCAUGCACUUCUGCAUCGCACUAGGCUACGUCAACAGCAGCUUGAAUCCCGUGCUAUAUGCCUUCCUCGAUGAAAACUUCAAGCGCUGCUUCCGAGAGUUCUGCCACCCGUCUCCAUUCCGCCUCGACCCCCAGCAGUCUGGCAGAAUGAGGAGCAUCGCCAGGGAGGUGGCGGCUGCCUACAGCUGCAAAGCCGGAGACGGCGGGGGGCUAGGGGGAGGGACGCCGAAUCCAGCAUGACUAGGCGUGGAGCUCCCCUUGGUGGGGGUGGACCCCCCACAGAGGGGAGAGACCCAUGGAACUGCGAACUCCAACACAGAAUUGACUCAGAUUACAGCUCUCUAGCGGCACGAGCCCUCCCGCCCUCCAAUGAGGAGACUGGCCUGGGGCGGGGGGGAGGGCGACAAGGAGGAUGAGUUUGAAAGGAAAAGGAUUUAGGGAUGGAAAGAGGGGAUGUGGGGACAAGUUUAGAGUGAAGAGUAGCAGAGAUGUCCGAUGCCCAGACUCGUGUUUUGAAACUUUAUGCGAUAAGACGGACACAUAAAAUACUAAAAUGCCUCUGGAAAAACUCUCAUCCAGCUUCAAGAGAGCUGAUGAAUAUUCAUUCGAGCUCCAAAACAACAGCCUUGUGAAAAGAAACUGGAUCUGUGGCGUCCCUGGAGAGAUGACUCUGUGACGAGAAGGCAGGAGGUGAAGUGAAUGUAUGAAAAUCAGGAGGAGUUAAACAGGAGCUGCCGAUGCCAAAUCAGAAACUCUGAUGCUUUUACAAUAAAUAAAUAGAACAUCGGAAACUCUGGACCACGAAGACAUGCAGAGAAGGAGCAGAUCAUUCCUAAAGUUUGAAAUGCUUUCAGUCUGGAGAACUAGGACAUUUUUGCUGUGAUGGUUUUGGUAAAUGGAGGCCACAUAAUGUAAUAUGCUGCUGCCAGCAUUUUACUGGGCCAGAAGUGUGACUGGACUGAUGUGAAAUCUGCAGCUUGUAGAAGUAAAAGAGCAAGACGAGAUUCUGUUAAAUAUGGGGGUCAGGUGAAUGUCAUUUCUUAUUUGAGUGACAUUUCUCAGCUGAGACUCAACAAACCUAAGACACCCAUGGAAGGACACGUUUCCUUUGACUUUCUACAUGGUGCUUGUGUGCGGGGGGGUUGGGGGUUUACACUGCACCGUGUUGCCAGAUGCAUCUCACAGUUAGAUAAGGUGUUGUUUGGGAUCUGUGGUGGAGAAACGCGUCGAGGUUUAAUGACCUUUUGUGUUCGGAGAUGCCAUUUGUUCAUUUUGUUCAGUGUUUAGGCGCUAAAAAUCAUUUUGGUUUAGGAUUGUUGACUGUGGUUUAGAUUAAAAUGUGUCCACCAGACUCGUGAGCCUUUGUGAUGAAAAUCAGGAGUUGGAAACCAAAGGACAACAUGUGUGUAACAGACUCACCAGCAGCUUUGACAAAAUGACUUUGUUUGGCUCCCGAUGGAGAUUCAGCGUUCAGACAACGCUGCCUUUCAGAUGGACUUUUACUGGCAGAUACAAAGUGAAAUACAUACCUGUUUGAUCUGAGGUUAAAGACUAAAAACUGCAGCUCACACUUGAAGUGGGACAUAAACAGCCUUACCUGAGCAUCUGUGAAUGCUGUUUCAACACUUCAACAGUGUGAGGUCUAAAUAAUCUCAAUCCUAACCCCAACUCCUACCCUUCCCCCGACUCCUGCCCUGGCACCAACUCCUGCCCCCGACUCUGGCCCUGACACCAUCUCCUACCCUGCCCCUACUCCUACCCUCACCCCGACUGCUACCCUGCCCCCAAAUCCUACCCUGACUCCUACCCUGCCCCAGACUCCUACCCUGCCCCCUACUCCUGCCCU